AUGCCGAGCGCUAACGUCCUCCUCCUCCCCGAGCCCGGCUCCGGCCACCUCAUGUCCCUCAUCGAAGCCGGCAAGCGGCUGAUCGGCCACGGCGGAUCGGACGCGCUCACUGUCACCGUGCUGAUCAUCCGCCCAGCCACGGCCGAGUCGGCUGCCGAGGUCGACGCGCACGUCAGCCGCGUCGCGGCCUCCGGGUCCGGGAUCCGGUUCCACCGCCUCCCCGCCGUCGAUCCACCCACGGACUGCGCCGGCAACCUGCAGGAGUUCAAGUCCCGCUACAUGCAGCUGCAGGCGCCCCACGUCAAGGCCGCCUUGGCGGAUCUCGACGCCGCCGCGCUCGUCAUAGACUUCUUCGCCACCGCCGUGAUCGACGCGGCCCGCGAGCUCGCCGUGCCCACGUACGUCUACUUCACGUCCACUGCCGCGCUGCUCGCGCUCACCCUGCGCCUGCCUGUGCUGGACGAGGUCGUCCAGGCGUUCGACGGCGCGGUAGACGUCCCGGGCAUGCCGCCGGUGCCCGCGGGAUCUGUCCCGGGGUUUCUGGGAGACAAGAAGAGCCCCAACUACGCGUGGUUCGUGUACCACGGCCGUCGCUUCAUGGACGCCGACGGCAUCAUCAUUAACACGGUGGGCGAGCUCGAGCCGGGGCUUCUCGCGGCGAUAGCGCAAGGCCGGUGCGUCCCAGGACGACGUGCGCCGCCGCUGUACCCGAUUGGCCCAGUCAUCGACCUGGGCGUCAAAGAGUCGAGCGAGGACUGUGUCCGGUGGCUCGACGCGCAGCCUCGGGCGUCGGUGGUGUUCCUUUGCUUCGGGAGCCUGGGCUUUUUCGACGUGGCCAAGGCGCACGAGGUCGCCACGGGGCUGGAGCGCAGCGGGCAUCGUUUCAUGUGGACGCUGCGCGGCCCUCCUGUCGCCGGCUCGCGCCACCCGACGGACGCAGACCUAGACGAGCUUCUCCCGGAGGGGUUCUUGGAGAGGACCAAGAGGAGGGGCCUCGUGUGGCCGAUGCGAGCCCCGCAGAAGGAGAUUCUCGCUCACCCCGCCGUUGGCUGCUUCGUGACCCAUUGCGGGUGGAACUCGACGCUGGAGAGCCUGUGGCAUGGCGUGCCGCUGGUGCCGUGGCCUCUGUACGCAGAGCAGCACCUCAACGCGUUCGAGCUCGUUUCCGACGUGGGAGUCGCCGUGGCGAUGGAAGUGGACAGGAAGGGGAACAACUUUGUGGAGGCGGAGGACCUUGAGCGGGCGGUGAGAUGUCUGAUGGACGGGUCGGAUGAGGGUCUGAAGGCGAGGGAAAAGGCCAUGAAGAUGAAGGCGGCAUGCAGGAAGGCUGUGGAGGACGGCGGCUCGUCCUACGCCGCGCUCCAGAGGCUGCGGCAUGCAAUUCUCAGGGGUACAAAGUGCAACGGCGUGGCGUCUCCAGGAGAGACGCACCUAGCUACUACAUCGUGA